AAAGUAAAAAAUUCAUUCAUUGCAUGGUCUUGUUUUGAUUCGGACGUGACCGAUGAUACGCUCAAAAGUUUGUAUAUAAUAUUGAAAGUCUGCUUGUGCAUUCAAUCUCGAUUUCUUAAACUUAUUCGGGUUAAGGUGUUGUGAUUAGUUGAAAUCGUGACGGUUUUAUUAUCUCGAUGCUGUAACAGAUAUCAAUUGACAGAAAUUUUAAUUUAUUCAACAACGCAAAAACAAUGCAAACAACCGUAACUCAUUUGGAUAUAUGUGAAAAUAAAGCCGAAGAAAAUUAAAUUUGCCAAUUUCAUAAAGUGAAAGUUAAUGUAUAGAAUUCACUGAAUUUGUCCAAGUAAAUUGGUAAUUGGCGAACUUGAACAUGACACGUCUUGGAUUUAUCACAUUUUGAUAAUUUCAGUUACUUUCUGUUGAAGAGUUGAUGUUUUCUAAUUUUGAUUAAUUUGAUAAGAAAAAGUGAAGAAAUUCUUGUUUUGAUUGUCAAUCAACAACGGAUAAUUUAGCGUGAUCAACCCAUCGCCAAUUAUUUGCAAUGACUGCUAAAAAGGAUAUUAAGACAAACCUGGAUUUUGUCUUUAAAAAUUUACUCGCUGGUGGUGUUGCUGGUAUGUGUUCCAAGACUACUGUCGCACCGCUGGACCGAAUAAAAAUCCUUCUACAAGCCCAUUCCACACAUUACAAACAUUUGGGAGUGUUCACUGGCCUACGACAUAUCGUUCGAAAGGAAUCAUUCUUGGCCCUGUACAAAGGCAAUGGCGCGCAAAUGGUCCGGAUUUUCCCGUAUGCUGCCAUUCAAUUUACUUCAUUCGAAAUUUACAAGAAAUAUUUGGGAGCGAUCAUUCCAUCAACGUUGAUGAUCAAACAUUCAGAUAAAUUUGUUGCUGGCGCUGCUGCCGGUGUAUCUGCAGUAUUUCUAACAUAUCCAUUAGACACUAUUCGCGCUCGAUUGGCAUUCCAAGUGGCCGGUGAACAUAGAUACACCGGCAUCGCUCAUACAGCAGUCACAAUAUUCAAAUCGGAAGGUGGAAUCAGAGCACUGUAUCGAGGGUUUGUGCCGACUUUGAUGGGCAUGGUCCCAUACGCUGGAUUUUCAUUUUAUUGCUUCGAGAUGAUGAAAUUUAUGUGCAUGAAAUAUUCACCGGCUUACACAUGCAAAAAGUUCGAAAAGAAUACGGGUGGGCUAGUAUUGAACAUACCUGCAAAAUUACUGUGUGGAGGCUUUGCUGGUGCUGUUGCCCAAUCAUUUUCUUAUCCAUUGGACGUAACACGUCGUCGAAUGCAGCUGGCAAUGAUGAAUCCAGAAACCGCCAAAUUUGGAAGUAUGGGUAUGGUGAGCACAUUGUCAUUGAUUUACCGUGAAAAUGGAAUCGUUCGUGGGCUAUAUCGUGGAAUGUCAAUUAACUACUUACGAGCCUGUCCUAUGGUAGCCGUUUCAUUUUCUACGUACGAAUUGUUGAAGCAAUCGUUAAGUUUGGAUACUGGAAUGAAAUUGUAAAAUAUGAUCGACACUAUAGUGAACAGAGACAACAAGCAAUCAAAGGUCGUUGUAUUAUGGACACUGAUUACCGCAAUAUCUAAAAAUAUAAUUUGCAUUGGACGACAGAGACACCUGUCUUUUUUUAUUUUUUUUAAAUUUAUUUAUUUGCCUUUGCAGUUAAGAAUAAAUUUGGUUUAAAACUU